AGAUGGUCAGUAAACUCUGAGAGUUACCGGAAAUACAUUCAACGCACUCUAACGGACGAAUAUUUCGUGGUAUAUAAGAAGGAUUCGGCUAAUGUCCGUGUCUUUCAUGGUGAUCUGCAGGAACGUGAAACAGCGACAUUCGUAGAUUGGUGGGUUGUGACCUCGUGGAACAUGUCUCAUAGGAAGUUCAGUGCACCACGCCAUGGCUCCAUGGGCUUCUAUCCAAAGAAGCGAGCAAAGCGGCAUCGUGGUAAGGUGAAGGCCUUCCCCAAGGAUGAUCCGCAAAAACCUGUUCAUCUCACGGCAUUCGUUGCUUACAAAGCUGGAAUGACGCACGUGGUCCGAGAGGCAGAUAGACCUGGUUCCAAGGUUAACAAGAAAGAAAUAGUGGAAGCUGUUACAAUUUUAGAAGCACCACCAAUAAUGAUAGUGGGUGUAGUUGGCUACAUUGAAACGCCUCAUGGUUUACGCUCGCUGCGCACCAUAUGGGCAGAACAUCUUUCAGAAGACUGCAGAAGACGUUUCUAUAAGAACUGGUACAAAUCCAAAAAGAAGGCAUUUACCAAGGCUGCUAAGAAGUGGCAAGAUGACCUUGGCCGUAAAUCUAUUGAAAGUGCUUUCUCAACUCUUGAACGUUACUGCAAAGUUAUCAGAGUGAUAGCUCAUACCCAGAUGAAACUUCUUCCUCAUCGUCAGAAGAAGGCUCAUAUCAUUGAAAUUCAACUGAAUGGUGGAACUAUAGCUGACAAGGUGAAAUGGGCAAGAGAACAUCUUGAGAAGCCUAUACCAGUAGCCCAGGUUUUUGCUCCAGAUGAAAUGAUUGAUGUUAUUGGAGUAACUAAGGGCAAAGGAUAUAAAGGUGUCACCUCUCGUUGGCAUACAAAGAAGUUGCCUCGCAAGACGCACAAGGGGUUACGUAAGGUUGCUUGUAUUGGAGCAUGGCAUCCUAGUAGGGUUUCCUUCACAGUUGCAAGAGCAGGUCAGAAAGGUUACCAUCAUCGCACGGAAAUGAACAAGAAAAUAUAUCGUAUUGGGCAAGGCAUCCAUGCUAAAGAUGGAAAGCUUGUUAAGAAUAACGCUUCUACGGACUACGAUCUGACAGAGAAGACCAUUACUCCAAUGGGUGGUUUCCCUCACUAUGGACAAGUUAAUAAUGACUUCAUUAUGAUCAAAGGAUGUUGUAUGGGUCCUAAGAAGAGAGUUAUCACAUUACGCAAGUCCCUGCUUGUCCAUACGAAGAGGAAGGCAUUAGAGAAGAUAAAUUUAAAAUUUAUCGAUACUUCUUCAAAGUUUGGCCAUGGAAGAUUCCAAACUGCUGCUGAUAAGGCAGCUUUUAUGGGGCCUUUAAAGAAGGAUAGGCUGAAAUGGAAUUCUGUUGCUGUAACAGUUGUUGAAUAAAUUACAUAAAAUAAGUUGACAUUUCAUUUGAAUAUGCAAUUCAGUUACCUUCAUCUUGUAAAGAAACAAGUUGUGAUUAGCUUAUAUUCCAGUUUUUCAUGUUAGAGGAUAAUAGUGAAGCUUAUAUAUAUUACACCAUUAAGUUGCUAAUACUUAUUUAAUUUGCUGUGACAAACAAUUUCCAUGAAGGAAAUAUAUAUUCAUUGUUAAUUUUUUUAGCUCCAAGAUAAUGAUUUCCAACUUAGUUGACAGAUUUUAAUGCAAUUUCUGAAAACAUUUUGUCUUACAUGUGGGUCAGAUUUAUACUAACAUUUACUUUAACACUUUGGGCAUUAGACUAGUUAAUGUGCCAUUAUGAAGAAAAGUCAUUAGAAGUCCAGUUUUCUAUUUAGUUUUGCACAACUAGCAUCCAUUUAACACUUAGGAUCAGUUGAAGGUUUUAAUUUUCUUGUCAUGAAGUUUCUCAAUUUUCUAAUUGCUAAUCAAUUAUUACCACUUCAGGAAGCUUUAGGGCACGUUAGUAGCUCUGGGGGGGUUUGAACACUUGAUACCUAAGAGGGAUACAUGCCAGUUCUACAUGUUAGAAGGGGCUAACUCUCAAUCUGUUACCUCUGAAAAAUAUUGCUCGCGUUGCAUGUUAAUCUGGGGCUGGGAGGGACUUUGAAACCAGGCAGGCUGUUGUGUGACCAAAGUGUUCGCUACCCAAUUCAAAAAAUUUGAGCUGUCUACGCACAAACAUAAGCUUCAGAAAACAACUUUAUUGCCCCCUAGUAUUCUAUCCCUUUUUAUUUAAGGUUUCUUUUCAAAAUCAACAUAAGCAACCAUGAGAAUUGAUUUAUAACUUACACGAAUACACAUCUUUGUUAUUCCAUCAUACAAUUACAUUCUAUCCCUGUCUUGAGUGCUGUGCAGUGAUUAAAUGUGUUUUUUGAUGGUGAAGCUCACACCAUUUACCUGGCUCUUCUGCCUGGCCGUUUUUUUUAAUAAAAUUUAAUACAGUAGUUAAUGAAAGCGUGAUUCAAAGAAUCUGACUGGAGUCGCAGAACUGGACAGGAAUGUGACUGAGGAAGGAGCAGAUAAAAAAGGGAAUACUCUAGCAGCAUUGAUCAAAUGAAAUUAGAGUAAUAUGAAAUUUAUUUUCAGUUUGGGAUGUGUUAAAGUUAAUGAAAAAUGUCAGAAAGCCAUGAGAAUUUAUUCAAAAUUGAGAUAAAUUAUAUUUUCUAACAGGGUCCUUACACUUAAGCCCUGUGCAACGC